GGAAGGAAAACAAAAUGACCUGCUUUCAAACAGCAUGGUGGUUCCCAGGACUGUGUCAUGCUGGUUAUAGAAAAACACUAAGUUGAGUUUUUAUUUUUAAGUUAAUCACAGUUUAUCCAGGCAGACCAUGGGUUUGUUUUAACCUGUGAAGACACCGUUAAGUGAGGAUUACACCAUGUUGGCAUCAGCGGUUGUCAGCAUGACAGCAGCCUCCAGAGGGAAGGUCAGGUCUCUGGUCUCCCUGAGCAGGAGACUAGCCACCAACCAGCGCGGCUCCCCGGACACACCUCCCCAUCCUCCGCCCGAAACCUCCGCUCUUCUCCCGGACAUCGAGCCAGACGCGGCGGAGGAACGGAUCACGAGGCGCCGAAAGGACCCCAGGGGCUGCUCCGUGCUCCUCUUCCCCGGGCAGGGCAGCCAGUUUGUGGGCAUGGGGAGAGGACUGUUAAAGUACCCUAACGUUAAAGAGAUGUUCACGGUCGCCCAGAAGAUCCUCGGGUACGACCUGCUGUCUCUGUGCCUGGAGGGACCCGAGGAGGAGCUGAUGAAGACGGUCCACUGUCAGCCGGCGGUGUUUGUCACCUCCCUGGCUGCGGUGGAGAGGCUCAGCCACGAAAACCCACAGGUCAUUGAGAUGUGUGUUGCUGCUGCAGGUUUCAGUGUUGGAGAAUUUGCAGCUCUGGUCUUUUCUGGUGCCAUGGACUUUGCAGAAGCUCUGUAUGCAGUGAAGGUGCGAGCAGAGGCCAUGCAGAAAGCAUCAGAGCUGGUUCCCAGUGGGAUGAUAUCAGUCGUCGGUGGACAUGAGACUAACUAUAAAUAUGCUUGUCUACAAGCUAAAGAGCACUGCAAGAGCCUGGGGAUUGAGGAGCCAGUGUGCUCUGUGGCCAACUAUCUGUUCCCUGACGGCAGGGUCAUCGCAGGUCAUCGACAGGCUCUGGAUUUCCUCCAGAAGAACUCAAGACGUUUUGAUUUCAUUAGGACCCAACCUCUGCCAGUCAGCGGAGCUUUUCACACUGAGCUGAUGGUGUCGGCUAUUGAACCCCUCAGAGAUGUUCUCAGACAGGUGGAGGUGCGGCGUCCUGACAUCAACGUGCACUCCAACGUUGACGGCAAGCGCUACAUGAACGAGAGACACGUGCGCAGACAGCUGGUGAAGCAGCUGGUGUCGCCCGUGAAGUGGGAGCAAACCAUGCACGAGGUCUACGAGCGGAUGCAGGGAGAGAAUUUCCCCCACACCUACGAGGUCGGCCCGGGAAAGCAGCUGGGCGUCAUGCUUCAGAGGUGCAACAGGAAGGCCUUCAAAACGUACACACAUGUGCAAGUCACAACUUCUGAGGCCUGAUAACACAGAGUCGUGCAGUCAGGAGGAGGGAAAGAAGGCCUCAGUGCUUAUUUUGUCUCAGACAUCCUGACCAGCAAAACCAGUUAAACCUGUCAGCAGCCAGCUCCUGCGGUUGCUUCUCCAGGUCUUGUUUGUGUAUUAAUGUGUAAUUAAAUAAAUGUUUUUUUCUAAUUAAUGACACAGCAA